AUGCAGAAUGGAAAUGAGCAAGAGAACUAUACACUAGUUACAGAGUUUGUUCUUUUGGGAUUGACCCAAAAUCAUGAAGUCCAGAUUAUUCUCUUCUUCUUCUUCCUCCUCUUCUAUAUGAUCAUUCUGCCAGGCAAUAUCCUUAUCAUUUUCACAAUAUGGGGGAAUUCCCAACUGGGAUCACCUAUGUAUUUUUUCCUGGCCAAUUUGGCAUUCUUGGACAUCUGCUACUGUUUCAUAACCCCACCCAAAAUGUUGGCUGACUUUUUCUCACACCGUAACACCAUCUCCUACAAUGCCUGCAUGGCCCAGCUUUUCUUCCUCCACUUCCUGGGAGCAGCUGAAGCUUUCCUGCUCAUGGUCAUGGCCUAUGACCGUUAUGUAGCCAUUUGCAAACCUCUUCACUACAACAGGCUUGUGAACAGGGGUGUUUGCUGGGUCCUUGUUGGAGCUACAUGGGGUGGGGGUUUCAUCCAUGGAAUCAUUCUAUUUGCUCUCAGCAUCCAUCUCCCCUUAUGUGGUCCAAAUAUUCUGGACAACUUCUUCUGUGAUGCUCAUCAGCUCAUCAAGCUGGCCUGUGCCAACACUUCCAUAAUGGAGCUUUUGAUGUUCCUCAACAAUGGAGUUGUUAUAGUGAUGUGCUUCACACUUCUCCUAAUCUCCUAUACUAUUCUGUUGCUGAAGCUCCAGACACAGUCCUCCAAGGCAAAGAACAAAGUAGCCUCCACCUGUGUUUCCCAUAUUAUUGUGGUUUUUGUCAUGUGUGGCCCAGCUGUGUAUAUCUAUGGCUUACCCUUCCAAGCUGUCCCAAUGGAAAAAGUUGUUGCUGUUUUCCAUACAGUCAUCUUCCCCCUGAUGAAUCCCAUGAUCUAUACCUUGCGUAACAAAGAGAUCAAAGGCUUGAUGUGGAAGCUGGUCAGCAAACACAUACUUCAGCGU